UCUUCCACAACUCUUCAUCUCUGCUUCCCCGUAAAUGCUUAGUCUUAGCACCAUUGCUUACCUAUACGUCAUUUUUACAAGACUCUGGUUUUGUGUUCAAAGUUGUACAGUUUAUAACAGUUACAAAUUUCUAAUAUUAUGAGGGAGAUAGACAGAUAGAGCGAGAGAGAGAGAGAGAGAGAUGGCCAUUUCUAGUUAUGCAUUCCAAGUGAACUGUUGUGUGCAAAAGCCUUCCAUCUCACACAGAUUUGAUCACUUCAAGACUUCAUUGUCCUCUUCUUUCAAGCCAUUCUUCAGAGAUUUUCCUGAAUUUCCCACGAAAAUCGACAUUGCUGAAACUGCCAAGAACACUUCUGUCAGAUUAAUUGAUGCCUUUGUUGAUUUGGUGUUCGAAUUCAACGACCAGCCAUUGCUCCCAUCUCAGAGUAACUUUGCUCCAGUUGAAGAGAUAGGAGAAGCAGUUCAUGUUACCGCCAUUGAAUUCCACAUGAUUUUCCUAAGGGUGUUUACAUAA